AUGCGAGACUUCUGGGCUGUGGUAUAUUUGGCCACAGAAGAAAAUGGGAAGUAUACGUAUGUCAAUGUCGAGCAACAGAAAUCUCAGAUCCAACCACAAAUAGCAAACCAUUUGAAGGCAGCCUUAGGGAGCCUAGCUGAUAGCUGCGUGCUGGUGGAAAGGCCUAAGGCAGUCAAAAUGUGUUCUGGGGUUUCCCAGGAAAUAGCAAAUUGUUACAGGAUUUCUUUUCCUUUGGUGCCCGUGGUUCUUGGUCACGUCACUUCGAAGACUGAAGAGGUAGACCAGACAGAGUGGGCCAGCGGCGAGCGGCAACGACGGCUAGAGCCGCAGCGGCAGCAUGAGAGCGCGCUCCGCUGCUCCACGCCUGCGGACGCGCGGCGAGAGGCGGUGGCGGUGCCUGCGCGCGCCAUGGGGGCGCUGUGGGGCCCGGCGGGCAGCCGGGGCUUCGGGCGGCGCGGAUGCCGGGGGCUUCCGUGGAACGCCCCGGCGCUGGCGGCUGCCGCUGCCGGCCUACUGUGCACCGCUCUGGCCGCCUACUCCUGCUGGAGGCAGCUGCCGCCGCUGCCCUGGCCGUCCUUCGGCCCGCGGCGGCCGGUGGGCGUGCUGCUGUGGUGGGAACCCUUCACGGGGCGCGACAGCGGCGCGAGGCGGCCGCCGGACUGCAGGCUGCGCUUCAACAUCAGCGGCUGCCGCCUGCUCACCGACCGGGCGGCCUAUGCGGAGGCCCAGGCGGUGCUCUUCCACCACCGGGACCUCGUGAAGGGCCCCCCCGACUGGCCCCCGCCCUGGGGCGUCCAGGUGCGCGGGGCCGAGGGGCUGGAGUUGCAGGUGUUGGACGACGAGGAGGCGGCGGCGGCCGAAGCCCUGGCCACCUCGGGCCUCAGGCCCCCGGGCCAGCGCUGGGUGUGGAUGAACUUCGAGUCGCCCUCCCACUCGCCGAGCUUGCGAAGCCUGGCAGGUAACCUCUUCAACUGGACCCUCUCCUACCGGGCCGACUCGGACGUGUUCGUGCCUUACGGCUACCUCUACCCCAGGACCCAUCCCAGCGACCCGCCGCUGGGCCUGGCCCCGCCGCUCGCCCGGAAACGGGGGCUAGUGGCCUGGGUGGUGAGCAACUGGGACGAGCGCCAGGCCCGGGUGCGCUAUUACCGCCAGCUGAGCCAGCACGUGGCGGUGGACGUGUUCGGCAGGAACGGGCUGGGGCGGCCGGUGCCCAACAUUGGCCUCCUGCACACAGUGGCCCGCUACAAGUUCUACCUGGCCUUCGAGAACUCGCAGCACCUGGAUUACAUCACUGAGAAGCUUUGGCGCAACGCGUUGCUGGCCGGGGCCGUGCCGGUGGUGCUGGGCCCCGACCGUGCCAAUUAUGAGCGCUUCGUGCCCCGCGGUGCCUUCAUCCACGUGGAUGACUUCCCUAGUGCCUCCUCCCUGGCGGCCUACCUGCUCUUCCUCGACCGAAACCCGGCAGCCUACCGUCGCUACUUCAACUGGCGCAGGAGCUACGCGGUGCACAUCACCUCCUUCUGGGACGAGCCCUGGUGCCGGGUCUGCCAGGCUGUGCAGACCGCCGAGGACCGGCCCAAGAGCGUACGCAACUUGGCUCGCUGGUUUGAGCGGUGAAGCCACUCUCGCCUGGGUGUAACCCAGGGAGGUCAAAUCGUCAGCUUUUGGAGCCUCAGCUGUGCAUCUCCUUGACUCCUCAAUCAUGGGAUGGAGUUUUCCAAACACCCAUUUGUACUCUAUGGGGGAAAUGGUGAUUUACCAAUCGAUAUUAUUCAGCACAAAGACGGGGUGGGAAGGAUUCCCGGUUCUCACGGGUUUUUUGCACAAAUAGCAGUUGGGCUCUGUGUGCUGUAGAUGGACAUCAGUGUUCACCUGGGAAGAAGGGGGCCCUUCCUCACCUUGUAACCUGUGCAGAGGGGAAGAAACAGCCUACCUACCAGAAGCCUUUGAGUCAGUCGCUCUGACCUUCCUCAUUGGCCACAGGCCAUAUUUGUGGUCUGCGCUGAAUCCGAAUCCACACACACUGCUCCUUGGCGCCCGUUUCACUGGGCCGAUGCUCAGCAAGCCCCUGGUUUUAGGAGACUUGUUGCAGAACAGUGACAGGACUAGAGCCACAAGUGGGUCUUUCUCUGUCUGGGGUGAAUUCUGAAAAGCCUCAUCUCCUAAGGAAGAUGAGGAGGGUGGUCCAAGAAUCCGCUGACUGUUCCUUAACAAGUC